AUGCCACAGUUCAGUGUCUUUAAUUCAAUAUUUACUCCACCCACAGAGUUUCUGAUCCAGUACGAGGAUCUGCUCCACCAGCCGGGGGUGUGGAUCAACCUGACGGAUGCUUCUGGGACGAGCACCACGGCGCAGUUGAAGCUCUCUCCGUACGUCUACUACUCGUUCAGAGUGCUGGGUAUGAACCGCGUGGGCUACAGCCAGCCCAGCCAGCCCUCCAGCCAGUACAGGACCACCCCUGCAGCUCCUGAUGACAAUCCAUCAGAUGUGAGUGGAGUAGGGACACAGCCUGGGAAUUUAGUCAUAUCCUGGACGCCGCUGACCGGAUUCCAGGCUAACGGGCCCAACUUAGAGUACAGAGUUCAGUGGAGAGCGAAGGACGUGGACGAGGAUUGGAGCUCGAAGAACGUGGCCAACGUUUCCCAGUUUGUCGUGACUGGAACUCCCAUCUACGUGCCGUACGAGGUCAAGGUUCAAGCGUUGAACGAUUAUGGCACCGCCUCCGAGCCCGAGGCAGUGUUUGGAUACUCUGGAGAAGACUUGCCUCUGUCUGCUCCUGACAGUGUGCAGGUCAUGGUACACAACAGCACUCUGGCAGAAGUGCACUGGGAGCCUGUCUCCUCCCCCUCUGUCAGAGGUAAACUGCAGGGGUACAAGGUGUACUACCGGCGGGAGCGCGGCUUUCACGACACAGAGGAGGCUGCAGAGCAGAGCGAGCAGGUCCUGACGUUCAGUGGGAAUCGAAGCGAGGGACUUCUGCCGGGCCUCCAGCCCUACAGCCUCUACAACCUCACCAUCAGGGUCCUCAACAGCAAAGGAGAAGGACCUCCGAGCCCCAGCAAGAAGUUUGAGACCCCUGAAGGAGUCCCGGGGCCUCCAUCUUUUCUGAAUGUCGUUAACCCCAGUUUGGAUUCUCUCACUCUGGAAUGGGGCCCACCGAUGAACAACAAUGGACGCCUCGCUGGAUACACACUGAAAUACCAACCAGUCAACACCACGAAGGAGCUGGGGCCGGUGAAGAGCAUGUCUUUACCAGCCAACGACACCAGUAUCACCCUGGGCAACCUGAACUCCAGCAUGCUCUACAAGUUCUACCUAAGCGCUAAGACAAUCAAAGGCUCUGGCCCCAUCAUCACAGAGGAGGCCUUCACUGUCAUGGACACAACUCGUACUCAGCCCACUGUAGAGACAGGCAAAGGCCCUACAGAGCCCCCUCACCCAACCUCCCCCAUCACUCAGUCUCCGCCUCCCCUGUUUCACAAGGCGCCGCCUGUCGGCCCUGCGUUCGGCAAUGUUAACACGUCUAUGUCGGACGAAGGUGCGGUGAUCAGUUGGGAUUACUUUGGACACCAUAAGAAUGUUUAUGUGGAAUAUAUUGUGGAAAACAGUAAAGACGACUGGAAAAGGGAGUUGGUAAACGGCUCCCACUGGCAUAUGAUAAAGGGGUUAAAGCCCGGGACGUCCUAUAAGGUGCGAGUGGUCGCUAGAGACCCCUCCGACCCGACGGUCCACAGCACAGACGAGGUGCUGGUGGCGGUGCCAGCUGUGCCCAGUCGGCAGGUAGACAUUGCCACCCAGGGCUGGUUCAUUGGCCUGAUGUGUGCCAUCGCCCUCCUCAUCUUGGUCCUGCUCAUCGUGUGCUUCAUCAAGAGGAACAAGGGUGGCAAAUAUCCAGUGAAAGAGAAAGAAGACGCUCACCAAGACCCAGAGAUCCAGCCUAUGAAGGAGGAUGAUGGGACAUUUGGAGAGUACAGGUCUAUGGAGAGCGACACGGAGGACCACAAGCCGCUGAAGGGCAGCCGGACGCCGUCCAACGGGACGGUGCGCCGCGACGAGAGCGACGACAGCCUGGUGGACUACGGGGAGGGCGGGGACGGACAGUUCAACGAGGACGGAUCCUUCAUCGGCCAGUACAGCGGCAAGAAAGAGAAAGACACACACGAAGGGAACGAGAGUUCGGAGGCCCCGUCGCCCGUCAACGCCAUGAACUCCUUCGUCUAACCGAGGGCCCCCCGAGGCUGAGAUACACCUCGUCACCUUGGCAAAUGUGACCAUUCCUGUGGUGACAGUUGCUAAGGUGACAGUCCACGGUGGCGGGCACUCCGGUGGCUUCCUGUCACCAACACUGCUGGCACGCCCUCAUCAUCACCAC